AUGAAAUAUUUAAUCUUCUCGCUAAUCCUUUCGGCAUCAUUCUUUGGAGCCACUAAAGCCCAGAACCUUCCCCCAGCUUUGCCAUUCUCAACAGGCUUCAACUCCUCAUUCUCGCUCUCUCCACCCCAGAUCAAAGACGCCAACCUUUCAGAAACGGUAGCAAGCAGUGUCAAUACUGUCAUCAACUUUCAUCAAUCUAGUCUAGCGAAUGGUGGUCCAAAGCAAGAUGACUUCUACAAUCUUGCUGACAAACCGGCCAAUCUUCGACCUGGCCAAGUUCUCAAGGUGCAAGAAGUAACGGACCCAGCACCAUUCUCAAUUGCACCGGGCUCUUCCCUCAGCAGAAUUCUUUAUAUGACGCGCAACUUUAACGGGACGAUUAUUCCUGCCAGUGCAUAUAUCCUCUGGCCGUUUCUGCCUCGUCAAUUCGAUGAGAAGUCUAGUGGCAAAGCACCGGCUGUUCUCUGGGCCCAUGGAACAUCUGGCUAUUUCAUUGACUCUGCCCCAUCGGCUCACCGAGGUCUCUACUACGAGAACGCGGUCCCAUUGUCACUCGCACAAGAAGGCUAUGCAGUUGUUGCGCCAGACUAUGCGGGUCUUGGUGUAGACAAGUCGUGGGACGGAACUGAUAUUCCGCAUCAGUACUUUGCUGCACCUGCUGGUGCACAAGACACUCUCUUUGCGAUGGAAGCUGCCCUCGAGGCAUUCAGCAACCGCCUUAGUGGGAAGUUCGCAAUCAUGGGCCAUAGUCAAGGCGGCGGCAUCGCCUGGGGUGCAGCGGAGGCACUAGCCAAAGGAAAAGAUACCAGUGGAAGGAGGGCGUUCACGGACCUUGUGAAGGGUUAUGUCGGCACUAUCUCAAUGGCACCCGUCACAAAGCCGUUGACUACUCCUCGACUUUUCAGCAGCUACAGUGCGUCUGUGGCGUUGUCAAGCAUCUUCCUUGACUUCAUGCCAAGUCAAUGGUUAACGCCACUGGGAGUUGCUAGGCAAAAGCUGAUGAAUCAGAUCGGGGGAAGCGUUGCAGCUGGACAGCAGCUAUUUUUCACUGAACCACAGAGUGCAUUUGAAAAGUCGGACUGGUACAACUCUUCGUAUCACGCUGCUGCUUUUGAAAAGCUCGGGAUUGUCGGUAACAAGCCAUUCGCAGGUCCUCUUUUGGUGAUCCAAGGCUCCGAGGAUUUCUUCAUUGCUACUUCGACUACCAAUGAAACUGUCGCCAAUACCGCCAAUUUGUAUCCUAAUAGCUCAUUGAGUUACAUGUAUGUCGAUAAGUUUGGCCAUACCCCCAUCAUCUCAGGUGUCCGAGGCCUCUGGAUGGCGUGGCUAGAGGAUAGGUUCCAAGGCAAGAAACACCAAAAAGGACUUGAGAGAACAUAUGUCAAUGGAUGGCUAGGAGAUGACAAGCAUUUCUUUGGAAGUAAUGGUUAUCUCCAAUGGAGUGGAGCUCCAGAAUAUACCUAUCAGAACCCUGGUGCAGUCUAG